AUGGAAAAACUUAAAAAAAUUCCUCCAAUGGAACAACGUCAAUUAGUUACCUAUAUUAAUCAUUUUAUUACGUCCACUGUAACAUUCUUAAACAAUUUCAUGAUACACUGUGAAGCCAAAAUGAUGAAAUCCGAACAACGAUUACAAAAAAUUUCAGCAUCUCUGUGUAUAUUAGAAACUAAGUUAAAUUCUGUUCCUGAACUUCAAGAACUCCAGCAACCUCAAAUUCAAACAGCUGAACCUUCUGGAAAUCAUUUAAAAGAUUAUUCUCAUAAUAAAACUAAAGAAACUGAUGGACUUAUUAAAACUGAAACAACUGAUAAACAUAGUAAAAUUAAAGAAAAUAUUAUAUCAGAACCAACUGUUAUUGAUGAAAGUACUAAUGAGCCCACUGUAGAUCCAACAAUAUUAAAAUAUCGUAAAAUGAUUCAAUUUGGUGUGCCUAGAGGCGCUGUUGAACUAAAAAUGGUUAAUGAAGGAUUAGAUCCAAAACUAUUAUGAUAAAUUAAGUAUUUAUGUAUCUAUUAUUAUUUAUAAAUUUAUAAUUUGUUAUAUAGUGGUUAAUAAAACUAAACAUCAAGAAAAUCAUAUUUUUUUACAUAAACAUAUUGUUACCGCAUAAUGGAUAACUUAAUUGUGUAUGCACCAUUUUUAUU